GAGCACUGUUUACUGCGUAAAGGCGCACGUUGGAGACUGUAUACGAGCGGGCCACACGGAGGUGCGUGGCCCCAAAUCCCACCUUGUAUGAUGAAUCAUGCGCAGGGGUCACCGUGUCAGGACGCCAAACGGCUCCAUCCGAAGGAGGAGACGGACACGGAGGGCGAGGAGCCGCAGCCCAAAGACAUGACGACAGAGAAGGAGCACAAGCUGCAGCGGAGCAGCCUCUCGUUCAGCGUCGAGUCGCUGAUUUCCAAGAAGAGCACCUGUCGGACUUCUUGCUCUGCCUCGGAUUCGGCUGUGAUGCUGCGGAAGCCCGAGGCCGGCCAGGGCGCGCGCUUCUCUCCAAGGACAUUUUACGCGGAGAGGAGAGCGUCUGCGGAGGGUUCCCAGGGAGUUUCCCGAAGUUCCGGCGAGGACAGUCCGCAGUUUUGUGAGAAAGAGCAAAACACUUGGUUCCAGACGUCCUCCUUUUCUACACCUCCUCGGAGCACAAGCCCCACGCAGUGUACUUUAAGGAAACACAAAAACAACAGGAAACCUCGCACGCCCUUCACUACCUCGCAGCUGCUGGCGCUGGAGCGCAAGUUCCGCCAGAAGCAGUACCUGUCCAUCGCCGAGAGAGCCGAGUUCUCCAACUCCCUCAACCUGACGGAGACUCAGGUCAAGAUCUGGUUUCAGAACAGGAGAGCCAAAGCUAAAAGACUGCAGGAAGCCGAGCUGGAAAAGUUUAAACUGGCCUCCAAGCCCGUCCUGCCCGCCUUCGCGCUGCCUUUCCCGCUCGGAGCGCACAUGAGCGCUCCAUCGUGGGGCCCGUCCAACGCCUUCCAGAGGCCCACUCUGCCGGUCCCGGGACUGUUCAGUGGACCCGUCACUUAUGGGAUGUACUAUUUGUCUUAG